AUGGUUAGACCAAUUGAUGAUGAAGAAAUCAAACAAGCCAUGUUUGACAUUGGGAAUGACAAAGCCCCAGGACCAGAUGGGUACACUUCUACGUUUUUUAAAAAGACAUGGCAUAUAGUGGGGAAAGAAGUGCGCAAAGCAGUCAAAGAAUUCUUUCUCAAUGGUCAGCUUUUACAAGCUGUUAAUCAUACGAUCUUAGCCCUCCUCCCAAAGAUCAUAGUGACUAGAAUUGCCCCUUUUCUUCACAAUUUGGUUGAUGUGAACCAAUCAGCCUUCAUUCCGGGUAGAGCUAUUACUGAUAACAUCCAUCUUUCACAGGAAUUGAUGCGAGGUUACACUCGUAAACAUGGCAGCCCCAGAUGUGCUCUUAAAGUCGACAUCCAAAAAGCGUAUGAUACUGUAAGCUGGAGUUUUUUGGAACAAAUUCUAUGGGGUUUCGGUUUCCACCAUAGAAUGAUCCAAUGGAUAAUGAAGUGCGCCUCGACCACCUCUUUCUCCAUAAGCAUUAAUGGAGAAAAUAAAGGGUAUUUCAUGGGGCAAAGGGGGCUUAGACAGGGUGAUACAAUGUCACCUUAUCUCUUCACUUUAAUCAUGGAGGUUUUUAACCUUAUGAUCAAAAGGCGCAUACAACAGAACCCAAAACACAAAUAUCAUUGGAGGUACGGGAAACAAAAGCUAACACAUCUUUGUUUUGCAGAUGAUCUUUUAAUUUUCAGUCAUGGGAGUAUUCAAGUUGUCCAGGAAGAAAAACUCCUUGUUCGAUAUCUCGUUAUUCCUUUGAUUGGUACGAGAAUGCUUAACAAGGACUGUAAUAAACUUGUGGAGCAAGUGAAAGCACGAAUUCAGAAUUGGAAGCAUAGAGCUUUCUCUUUUGCGGGAAGACUACAACUCAUUAACUCGGUGCUCCAAUCCCUCCAACUAUAUUGGUGUUCGGUCCUCCUCCUUCCUAAAACAACCAUUAAAGAUUUCGAAAAAGUCUUUAAGGGUUUCCUAUGGAGUGGUGGUGACUUGAAGAAAGGAAGUGCUAAGAUUGCUUGGAAAAUGGUGUGUAGACCUAAAGAUGAAGGAGGAUUGGGAAUCCGCAAUUUGCAGACUUCGAAUGAAGCUCUUUUAUCUCGUCAAAUUUGGAGACUAAUAACUGCAAAAAAACUCUAUUUGGGUUGA